UUCGUUCUUCUUCUGCAGUUACUUUCACCUUCGUCCACUUACUGCCGACUACCACUACUACUGCUACUGCCAGGAUCUAUUUACGAGCUGGAGCAGAAGACGACCUCCUUGGCGCCUCUUCUCCUGGCUCCCAUCUCAUCAGUCUCUGCAAUACCUGCUAUCUACUUUACAUUUCUAUCGCGCUCACUGUGCGGUUGUUCAAUUCCAUUGGACCGGCAACGUUCAAUGGCCAGAAUUUACCUCAAACAAAAACCACAAGGACAACACACUUGUAUAUAAAAAAGAACACAUACUCUUCCUCCAUCCCCUCACUACUCCUCCUCAUUCACCUGGUUUUCCGCACACUCAUUUCUCUCCUUCAGCACCCUAGACUCAUCCGAAUCUACUUUCGAUUCCCACCAUUCCACGACCAAGACGGUUCAGACCACUCCCACCCAAGACAAGGCGGCACAAGCCCAAUAUGUCGGUCCCAUCUGCACAACAGGGCGCUGUAACUCUUGGCACUGUCCUACUACUCCUCAGCACAGCCACACUGUUGCUCUACGCCCUGCAGCACCCACCCACCAACCCCCACAUCGACCACACCGCGUCGCCAGCAUACAUCGUGCAAGCCCACCACACCUCCACCCGUCCUCUCAAUGACCCUCCCUCUUUCGAUGCGAACCAGUACAACCUGGGUGACGGAGUUUCUAUUGCGAUGAAGGAGCCCGCUACACCACCAGACUCCCUACCCUCAGACCCUUAUGCUCAAUACAUCUACCACAAGGAGCUCCAGCUCAAUGGCGAUCACGGUAUGCAACCUAAGAUUCGACGGACCAUUGUUGUUGGCGAUAUCCACGGCAGUCUACAAGGAUUCAACACGUUCCUAAAAAAAGUCGACUAUGACCGCAAUAAGGACGUGUUGAUCUUGGCAGGUGAUUUGGUGGCAAAAGGGCCGCACUCGCUCCAGGUCAUCGAUAGAGCGAGAGAGCUAGAUGCAAAGUGUGUCCGAGGGAACCACGACGACAAGGUCAUCCGAUGGAGGGGAUACCUCGAUAGCCUCAGUUCACGGGAGCAAAGUGUGCUAGAGGCUGAGGAGGACGAUGAAACGGAGGAGGAUCAGGGCAAUUGGGGCUUAGAGGAUGAUUGGACAGUCCGCAAGCGACGACGAACACGACGACCGCGCUCCAGCAUCCCCUCGGACCUCGAUAGAAAAUCGGAACACUACCGUCUUGCUCGUACUAUGACCAAGGCCCAAUACGACUACCUUCGUAACUGCCCCCUAAUCUUUACCCUGCCGAAGGAGCUUUCUAUCCACAACAUCCCAGUUCAUGUCGUCCAUGCUGGCAUUGACCCACACCGUGGCAUUCUCAAGCAGAAGCCCUGGGUCCUCAUUAAUGUCAGGAACCUUCUCAAGGAUGGGACUCCAACACGCAAGAAGAAGAGUGGUCGAGGUUGGGCCAAGGAGUUCAAUGAAAUGCACAAUCGACGAUCGCCCUCGAAGCGCGAUUUCUUGGUGGUGUAUGGACAUGAUGCAGGACGCUCACUCAAUGUGAUGGCCUGGUCCAUUGGCAUCGAUUCCGGAUGUAUCUAUGGCCGCAGGUUGACGGGCUAUGUUGUCGAAACGGGUGAAAUCUUGUCUGUGCGUUGUCCUAGAAAUUAAAUUAGGCACGCGUCUAUGGUUCGCGCUCAACUGCAUAGCCACCCCCUGCCCUUUCACUGUCCCCCCGCCCCCAAUCGCAUCUACAUCCACUUUGCAUCUUUUGUACAACUUGUAACAUCCUGAAUAAACACUGCUCUUUUCCAG